CGCUCCGUCCCCUUCCCCUGUCUCCGCCCCCUCCCCGCCCAUCCCACCGCUCUUGGCCCCGCCCCGCGCGACGCUCCAGCCCCCGCGUCUCUGUGGCUGCGCCCGGAGGCCGGAAGUGCCGGACCCAUGGGUGCCGCCGGCCGGGCCGUGUCCCAGGCGCUGCUCGGGGCUGUGUGCCUGUUCUGUGCCCACCGGGCCCGCCAGGUGACCCCCGGCCCGGCCGCCGGGUUCCUGCUGCAGGCACUGGGGGCAGCGAGUGACGCCCUGGAGCCCCUUUGGCCCUUGGGGACACCGGGAGGUGACAGUGACACCGCCGACCCCCUCCCCGGCUCCUGGGUCUCGGCCAUGCUGGCCCAACCCCUGGUGGCCUUCGGCUUCCACCGGCGCAGCGGUGACCACGCCACCGCCAACCUGCUGCUGGGGGUGACGGUGACACUGGCCCCUGCCGCCGCGCGCCUGCCGCCCGACGGCCGGCUGCUGGCCGCCCGCGCUGUCACCGUCCUUGUCACCGGCGCCAUUGUCACCCUGGCCGCGCUGACGGGCGACAAGGCCGCCGCACUUGGUGGCCUCCUCCUCCUCGCCGGGAACCUGCUGCCGGGGGCACACCUGGUGGCACUUGGGGACACGCGGCCGUGGGGACACCCGGGGGUGGUGGCACAGGACACGCUGCCCAGGGGACACGUGGUGGCACAUGGGGACAUGCGGCCGUGGGGACACCAGGGGGUGGUGGCACCUGGGGACACAAUGACAGGGGGACACCCGGGGGUGGUGGCACAGGACACGCUGCCCAGGGGACACGUGGUGGCACAUGGGGACACAAUGACAGGGGGACACCCAGGGGUGGUGGCACAGGACACGCUGCCCAGGGGACACGUGGUGGCACAUGGGGACACGCGGCCACGGGGACACCCGGGGGUGGUGGCACCUGGGGACACAAUGACAGGGGGACACCCGGGGGUGGUGGCACAGGACACGCUGCCCACGGGACACGUGGUGGCACAUGGGGACACGUGGCCGCGGGGACACCCGGGGGUGGUGGUACCUGGGGACACAAUGACAGGGGGACACCCGGGGGUGGUGGCACAGGACACGCUGCCCAGGGGACACGUGGUGGCACAUGGGGACACGUGGCCAUGGGGACACCAGGGGGUGGUGGCACCUGGGGACACAAUGGCAGGGGGACACCCGGGGGUGGUGGCACAGGACACGCUGCCCAGGGGACACGUGGUGGCACAUGGGGACACGCGGCCGCGGGGACACCCGGGGGUGGUGGCACCUGGGGACACAAUGACAGGGGGACACCCGGGGGUGGUGGCACAGGACGCGCUGCCCAGGGGACACGUGGUGGCACCUGGGGACACAAUGACAGGGGGACACCCGGGGGUGGUGGCACAGGACACGCUGCCCAGGGGACACGUGGUGGCACAUGGGGACACGCGGCCGCGGGGACACCAGGGGGUGGUGGCACCUGGGGACACAAUGACAGGGGGACACCGGGGGGUGGUGGCACAGGACACGCUGCCCAGGGGACACGUGGUGGCACCUGGGGACAAGCGGACGCGGGGACACCAGGGGGUGGUGGCACCUGGGGACACAAUGACAGGGGGACACCCGGGGGGUGGUGGCACUUGGGGACACGCUGCUGUGGGGACACCCGUGGGUGCUGGCGGCUGCCAACCUGCUGCUGCUGCGGGCGCUGCGGGCGCCGCUCCCCGGGGACGGUGACAAUGACGGGGACAACGGGGACACAGAGCAGGCAGUAAAGCUGGCGGCUGGUGACGGUUA